AUGGCAGCUAGCAGCAAAAGCGUCUCUGAGGUGGUCUCCUGGAUCAGGAGCCAAAAACCUGUGGCUCCCCAGAUGAAAGAUGCUCCGACGUUCUACCGAAAUCUUGAAGAGGCUCUGGAUGUUCGACGAUCUACCCAAUCUAUGCUCACUCGAGGACAAAACACCUGGAAAACCGGAGAUGCUAUAGACUUUUGCUCCAACGAUCUUUUAUCUCUGGGGCUCACGGGAGAACUACGAACCGAGUUCCUCGCAGAGCUAGCAAGGCACCCGGAUUUUGCCCUGCAUUCAGGGGGUUCCCGCGUGAUGGGCGGCAACUAUGAUUAUAUUGAGGAGGUAGAGCAAGAGAUCGCAGACUUUCUGGGGUCAGAGACAGCUCUCAUGUUCAAUUCGGGCUCUAAUGGAAAUAUCGCCAUCUACACAGCAAUCCCACGACCAGGGGAUGCUAUUGUGUACGAUGAACUAGUCCACUUCAGCACACACACGGGCAUGGCUGCAUCAUUAGCCACGACUAAGGUUGCAUUCCGCCACAAUGAUCUUGACGCCUUUCGGGAAGCGAUGUCAUCUACCAUGGAUUCCCAACCCAUGCUUAAGGACGGAUCGCGCUCCAUACUCGUGUCCGUAGAGUCAAUAUAUAGCAUGGAUGGAGAUGUCUGCCCCUUAGUGGAGAUGCUUGAGAUUGCAAGAGAGAUCUGUCCUAAGGGAAACUUCGCCUUUAUUGCAGACGAAGCCCAUGCCACUGGUGUUGUUGGCGAGCGAGGUGUCGGUCUUGCCAAGCUGCUAGGCCUCGAGAAAGAUAUUGCAAUCCGACUGAAUACUUGCGGAAAGGCCUUGGCCUGCACUGGAUCUGUUGUUCUUGGAAACACCACUGUCCGAAACACGAUGUUAAACUUUGCUGGGUCUUUAGUGAAUACCACGGCCCCGUCGUUCCCUUCGGUUGCAGUAGUUCGAGCGGCCUACAACUUGAUGAGAACUGGCGCCACUCAGAACGCUCAAGAUAACAUACAACAUCUUGUCAAAUACUUCUUCAAAACUAUCAGUUCCAACCCCAUUUGGGAUAAAGCAACUGAUAUGGGUAUCUUGUCUAUCCCCGUGAGCGAGGAUUAUGAGUCAAGCGACUUUGUCACGCAUAUCGUACCAAUCUGGACCAGGCAAAAGUACAACUGGUGGCUUUUUUUCCACCUGCAACUAGCCAAAAUAGCGGUUGUCCCUAUUGACUACCCGCAGGUUCCAAAAGGCAAGUCCCGAGUUAGGGUAAUGAUCCAUGCUGGGAAUACCGAGGCAGAGGUGGAUUACUUGGCAGCCACAAUUUGCAACUUUGCGAGUGAGAUGAUUGAUAUCGAAGAGGGUGGUGAAAAAGGGAAGUUACCGAAAGCCGCGCAGCAGAUCUACGCUCUGAUGGCUGCGAAUGCAUAA